AUGUCAUUCAAUAGUAACAUGAAUAUUCCAACUCACAACAAGGGUUAUAAUGGCAACAUCUUCACCGCCAAUAGCUAUAUGAGCUCGGCAGCUGUAAAUUCAGGUAUUCCAAUGUCUACCAACUCGUCUCACCCUGGAUUACAAUACUUUCAUGCGUACCCACAACCACAACAAACAGCAUCGCUACAUCCACAACAAACAACUCAAGAUUACUACAAUACUUCUUCAGCGAACAAUCUUUCAUCUUGCUCAGCAUCAUCAACGGCUCCAACUUCAAUUUCUGACAUGCCAUUGCCCGGGCAGCAGCAGCAGCAACAACAACAACAACAACAAAUGUAUAAUCAGUCAGCAUCGAAGACGAUCAUGCCACAAAUGAUUUCAGGAACCGGAGCUUCAUCAAACCCACCUAUGCCACUUGAUUCUAAUAUUACUACCAAAUUCACCAACAAUGACAUACAAAUACUACGUCAAUUGCUCAUUGCAGGUGAGAAGUACAAGUGGAAACAAAUCACAAAAGAGAUUAACUCAUCAACAAACCAUACUCAACAUGUUAUGGCGGCAAUAAACAAGAAUCAACAACAUUUACAACAGUUUCAACACCUACAACAAAACAACCUUGCAUCGCAUCAGUAUCAACAUCAGCAUCAACAACAACAUCAACAACAUAUGCAUCAACAACCAUUACUGUAUGGUUAUCAGCAACAACAGCCACAUUUGUACAACAACAAUGUAAUGCACAAGUCAACCUCCUUGCAUCUGCCCUAUUUGUCGAAUUCAACCCAAGCUAAUUCAAUCCCAUCGCAUCGAUCACAAAAUAUUCCCCAUCAUGCAACACCAGCUUCGAUACUGCCACAUUCGAACUCCCAUUUACUGCAACAACAACCAACAGCAGUAACAACACCAAAUCCAGUUCCCUUGAAAAACGUGAGCCCUACUUUUGUAAUGAAACAAUAUCAACAAUUGCUCGGACUACCUAACAAUCUGGUUUAUUUUGGAACUUUGGGGUCGAGUUUACCUUAUGUUAUUGCUGCUAAUGGAUGGAGCGACAUUGAUCAAGAAGCGUAUAAUUAUCCAUUCAAUAUGGAUGAUGAGGAGUAG